AUGAAGACUCACAGCGAACACAACGAGAACAAGAACGAAAUUUACGAGAUGUCUGUCAGACAGGAUACACGGCUUGACACUCCUCACGACGGUCCUGCGAGCGAGCAGGAGAACAAGUCGGAUGUAAACAUACAAGAACUGCCACCGGUGGAUGGCGGCAUAAAGGCUUGGAGGUUCUGUCUAUCUGCAUUUGUGAUGGAGUUGAUGGUUUGGGGCUUCGGCUUCAGUUACGGUAUUUUUCAAAAUUAUUACACCACUCAUCCUCCCUUUGGUGGCCAGUCCCACAUCGCGAUAGCAGCAGUGGGUACGACCUCACUUGCGGUCACAUACUCAGAGUCCUUGAUUCUUUCCCUCUUUCUGGGGCGCUAUCCUGAUCUCUUAAAGCCGUGCAUGUGGGUUGGCUUGGGAGUGUGUUUUACUUCCCUCCUAAUAUCCAGCUUCGUCAACAAGGUGUGGCAGUUGAUCAUCCUGCAAGGAGUCCUUGCUGGUAUGGGUGCCGGAGCGGCUUACUUUCCCAUCUUACUCCUCCUUCCUCAGUGGUUUGUCCAUCGCAGAGGGCUUGCCGUGGGUAUGAUCUUUGCAGGAACAGGAGUCGGUGGUUUCGCAGUCCCGUUCCUUCUACACGCUUUGCUUGACCAUCUCGGGUUCCGUUGGACGUUACGGAUAUGGGCGAUUAUGAUGCUUUUCUUAGCCGGCCUUGCUCUUCUCGGAGUGCAACCGCGUACCCCAGUUCCUAAGUUUACUAAUGGACGGAGAAGGCCUCGUUUCGUCCCCCCGCAAAUGCAGUUCCUCAGGACCGCGCUCUUCUGGGCGAAUUCGGCCACCAUCACACUCCAGGCCUUGUCGUUCUUCCCCGUCUCGUUGUACCUUGCCACAUACACCACUAUGGUCUCCUCUCCGCUAUCUGCCACCGUCGCACUGUCUUUGUUUAACUGUGCUGGUGUCGUCGGCCAGGUCCUUGUUGGGCAUCUCUGUGACCGCUACCCUUAUGUCUGGAUCAUGUUCGUAAGUGCCCUUGGGAGCGGCCUGGCAACGUUCCUCCUCUGGGGUUUCGCAGGUUCGCUUCGCCUUGUCUUCGUGUUCGCCAUAAUAUUCGGGGCUCUGGCUGGUGGCUUUCCAUCGGUCGGACCCAUCGUCUCAGCCGAUUGUGCCGGAAACAAGCCCGAGCAGGCCGGGAUCGUCUUCGCCGCACAGUUAUUUCUUAAGGGUAUCGCGGUGAUUGUCGGGCCAAUGGUGUCCGGUGUUCUGUACAGCGGGAAGUCUGCAUCGUCUCUAGUCAGUGGCGCUGUGAGUUACGGGUACCACGGAUUCGGUGCCAUAGAAAUAUUUGUCGGUGUCUGUGCAAUGGGCGCCAGCUUCAGCAGCAUCUUGGUUGCGUGGAUGAGACGCCGGGUUAAAGCACAGUAA